GUCAUUUCCGUUGCGCGAAGCUGAAACUUUGGCGCGUCAGACUUUUAAACAUCUGAGAAAUACUGGAAGAGACAGCGGAAAGUCCAUCAAGAAGUUUACCACAAACAUUGAACCAGUCUGGUAGUUUUCACGGAAAAGUGACGUUAGCUAACGCUGUUAGGGUAGUCUAUAAUUUGCUGGUUGUGGAGAUGCAGACUCGUUUGUAAUGAAGCAAAAUGCGCUCUCUUCGGAUAGCUGUAACGUUAGCUGAUGUCGUGAGGUUAGCCUUCCGUCGACAACGUUGUCGGUCCGUUAGCUAAAAAGAUAUCGCUAAUACAAACACCUGGCUAUGGUUUAACUUAAUCAGAGGCACCAUGAACAGAAACAAGCUGAAGAAAACCAAGGCACCAGGAGGGCAGAAGAACAUCUCCUCCUUCUUUUCCUCUCAAAACCACCACAAGGACUUGUCGUCUUCCACAAAGCUAUGUGUCACUGGCACUGCAUUCGCCAACACUAAACCUGAUGGUGAAAUCUCUACAUUCAGACCCCAUUCCCCCUUAAAGAGGAGUAUCCUUGGGGACCUUGAAAACCUCCUACCCUCCUCGCCAGAUUUUUUCCUCUCUGUGCCCGAGACCCCCAACAGUCAGAUCAGGCUUGCUUCCUCUUCUUCCUCCAAAGAUCCAGGUCGGCUGAGCCCCCAGCCCAGCAGAGAGGUGGCAAGUCUGGAGAAGUUCGGCCAACUGUCCCCCAUCUGUCGUAGUCCCCGCUCCAAAGGGCAUAGUGUAGGGAGCGUUAUGACCAAGGAGGGAGGAAAAACCAAGAGGGAAGAGGGAUGUUCUGGCUCCCUAAAAAGACUCUUUAGCCCACCUCAAGAGUCUCACAAUGCCAAGAGACCAAGAACUGCCAAUCUAGCGGCACAAAGAACUACACUCAGCCCCACAGCAACGAGGCCUGUGAUUGGCCCUGUGAAGACACCUCAUUUCUCCAGUGACCAGUCAGAGGGUCACAGCAGAGGUACUGAAGAGGUCUUUAAUGACAACAAAUACAAAGUGAUGUCACUGAAGUCGGUUUCUUGCCACUAUUUUGGGGAACAGAGAAAACACAAGGAAGGGAGAGAUGAAAAGGAGAAAGAUUGUGGUUUUACUGUGAUAACUGAGGAGAAAGCCAGUGGAGACCCACACACUUGUCUGGAUAAGGAUACUCAACCUAGUGCACAAACUAUCGCACCAGCAAUGCAGAAAAGUGUAAAGGAGGGAGAGAUUGACCUUAACAAGAAAGGAGCUACAAGAACAGCAAUGACAUCAUCGAAUGGAAACAGAGACAAUGUGACAUCAUCUGAUCAGGAGCGAGCUGGAGGAAUGAUGUCAGCGUGUCCUGUGGAAGAGAGGUUGGACGAGAGCUGGUUUGCAGACCAGAUGGAUCAUAAUCAAGGUCUUGUCACAGAGAAAAAAUCGAAAAAACCCAGUAAGGUGCCAGACCAUGUGAUCCUUUUUGGAGGCCUAAACAACCGCUACUGGGUUUUAGAUGUGGAGGAGAGGCCAGGCCACAAAACACUGACCAUCUCAUGCUCCAAAUCUCUACAUCCAACCGAGACGUGUCUGCUGAAAGAUGGAUGGGAGUUGACGCCUGUUUGUCGCGGUGAUGUGGUGCAUCUGGAGGGCCACUCUGAUGGUGGAUCCUGGUUAGUGGACAGGGAGCAGGGCUUCCUGGUUUUACUACCUGAUAGCCUCAUCUCAGGUACCAGCAUCUCGAGCUCCAUCCGCUGCAUGAGGCGUGCAGUACUGGGAGAUAUGUUCAAGAGUUUUGACGGUGGCUCCAAGCAAAUGCUGAACGGCACCAUGGCGCAUGAAGUCUUCCAGAGAGCAGCUACAGCUAAAGAUUUUUCUUUAGGGACACUAUCUAAGCUGGCUGACCAGGCCCUGCACAGUCCUCAGUACCUGGGAGACAUGUACAGUUUGGGUGUAAGCCAGGAAGAGAUGAAGCAGGAGCUGCAUGAUUAUCUGCCCUCACUAGAACAUUGGGCAAAGGAAUACCUCAGCUCGCCAAAACCGAAAGCCAUCAGCCUCAAAAUCCCUAGCAACAGCAGAGCUCCAAGCAGGUGUCAGGACUCUGCAACUGUUGUCACGGUUACACAGCUGGCAGAUAUAGAGGAGAACGUGUGGUCACCAAGAUUUGGUCUGAAAGGCAAAAUCGAUGUGACAGCACGGGUUCGAAUCCAAAGACCACGAAACGGUAGUCUCAGAACCCCAGAGGAGAAGACUAUCCCCCUGGAGCUGAAAACUGGAAAGGAGUCAAACUCAAUAGAGCAUCGCAGUCAGGUGAUUCUUUACACUCUGAUGAGCUUGGAGAGAUACAAUCCUGAAGCUGGCUUCCUGCUUUACCUCAAGACUGGCAACCUGCACCCUGUAGUGCCCAGCCAUAUGGACCGCAGAGAGCUGCUGAAGCUGAGGAACACCUUGGUUCAUCACAUUCACAACUGUGUGGAGAAAGAGGCAGAGCAGAGCCGUUUGUCUAGACUUCCUGACAUCCUGACAAACAGACAAACCUGCCAGUAUUGUCCUCAGAGAAGAAACUGUGCUUUAUAUGAGAGGGCGGUGGAUGGCAGCUCUGCAGACAUCUGCGAGGAUGUUGUCCAUGACUUCCUGCAGGAGGAGACGGGUCACCUUACCCCACCACAUCUGAGCUAUUUUUCCCAUUGGCUGCUGCUCUGCUGCCUUGAGGCUGCUACCAUGGAGACCAAGAAUGGCCGAAAGCGUGUGUGGCUUCAGACAGCUGAGGAAAGUGAGAGGAAUGGGAGCUGUGUGGGGAGUCUGCAGCUCAGUGGCCCAGUGACCUUGCAGUCUGAAGGAGUUUUCCUCCAUCAUUUCCAGCGAAGCAGCGUGGUGCCACAGAAGGGUCUGGCCAGCAGCGGGUUGGCCAGCAGGGAUCGCAUCGUUGUUAGCGACCAGGAAGGUCGUCUAGUUGGUUUAGCAACAGGAUACCUGCGUGAGGUCAGCAGGACAUUGAUCAGCUGCACUCUGGACAGAGACCUGUCUAAGUUCAGUGGUAUGUUGUUUCGAUUGGAUGGUGAUGAAGGUGUGGUGGGCCUCAGCACUCACCUCACCAAUCUCUCCAGACUGAUGGAAAACUGUCAGGAUAGUGAUCGUCUGAGGGAGCUGGUUGUUGACCUUCGUCCUCCAGAGUUUAUUUCCAACCUCAGUUCUGUUCUGCCAAGAGAGGCAAAGGACACUGUGGCCAACAUCCUCAGAGGUCUCAACAAACCCCAGAAGCAGGCCAUGAAGAAGGUGUUAUUGUCUAAAGACUACACACUGAUUGUUGGUAUGCCAGGCACAGGCAAAACCACAACCAUCUGCACCCUGGUUCGCAUCCUUCACGCAUGUGGGUUCAGUGUGUUGCUGACCAGCUACACCCACUCUGCUGUUGACAACAUCCUGUUGAAGCUAAAGCGUUUCCGGGUUGGAUUUCUGCGUCUUGGGCAGGGGCAGAAGGUUCAUCCAGACAUCCUGCCAUACACAGAGGAAAGUAUGAGGAAGAAUGGAGUUCACACUCUGUCAGAGUUGGAGCAGCUUUAUAACAAGGAGCUGGUAGUGGGAACAACCUGUAUGGGCAUCAAGCAUCCUAUUUUCACACGUCGGCGGUUUGAUUUCUGCAUCGUAGAUGAAGCUUCACAGAUCAGUCAGCCUAUCUGUGUGGGACCCCUGUUCUAUGCCAAGAGAUUUGUCCUGGUUGGAGAUCACCAACAACUGCCUCCAAUAGUACAAAAUCAGGAAGCUAGGUCAUUUGGGAUGGACGAAAGUCUAUUUAAGCGACUAGAGCUCCAUAGUGAAGCAGUGGUCCAGCUCAAUGUACAGUACCGGAUGAAUAGGCAGAUAAUGUCUCUCAGUAACUCCCUGAUGUAUGAGGGCCGGCUGGAGUGUGGAUCAGAGAGGACGGCCACGGCCCUGCUCACCCUGCCAUUCCUGCUUUCUGUCCAGUCGGAGCUUGGUUCCUACUCUAAGACUGAUCCCCAGCAUGACCUGGCUUGGAUACAGUCCACAUUGUUGCCUAGCAACCCUGUUUGCUUCCUAGAUUGCUCAAUGGUGCCAGCACUGGAGUCUGUGGAGCAGGGAGGCAUAAGCAAUCACACUGAGGCUGCUCUAAUACAUAAGCUGCUUUCACUGCUGAUAAAGGCAGGGUGUAAGCCCGGUGAUAUAGGUGUUAUCGCCCCCUACAGACAGCAGUUAAAGAGUAUCUCUGCUCUGCUGCAGUCCUCGGCUUUCACCGGUGUGGAGGUGAAUACAGUGGACAGAUACCAAGGACGGGACAAAAGUCUGAUAAUUUUUUCUUUUGUCAGGAGCACGGCAGAGGAAGGAAACUUAGGGGAGCUGUUGAAGGACUGGCGUCGCCUGAACGUAGCCAUUACCAGGGCUAAACACAAGCUGCUUAUGGUGGGCUCUGCCACAACACUACGACGCUAUGCACCUGUGGAGAAACUACUCAACCAUCUCCAGCAAGAGAACAUGAUUAUCCAGCUCCCGCCAGCUGCCCACAAGGCUUUACCAAGCAUGCCCCUGUGAUGGAAGUCUGUGAAGCCAUGAUGGUGUUUCAGGUCACAGGUCUGUCUCACAGUGGAGCAGCUAGUGGCUGAUGAUCACCUCAACAGGGCAGAGAUUAAAGCACAAGCACUGAAUGAUCUAUUAGGAGGCUGUGAUCAAACAUAUGAGCAGCAAAUACUUGAGUGAAGUGUCAGUGGCAUUUGCAGCCUACUGUCACCUCAUGUACAGCUCCACCUGUGAUUAUUUUGUCCCUCCCAACAAACACUUGGUGGAGUGUAACUGAAGAUACAGAUUACACUAAUCAACACACUAGGACUGACAUCUGAAGAACAUGUGGGCUUUCAAGGGGACACUGCCUCAGAUUUGUACCACACUGAGUAAACACUGUUUUAUAAGAAUUUUUAAAAGAAUUCUUUCUAAGAAUUCAUACCGACAGAAGUGGAGUGGAGUGUCAAGACCUCAUAAACGUAAUCUCCAUACUGAACCUCAACAAGCGUAAGCCAAAGACCUUUAGACAACAGAUCCAAUUGUUAAUGUUGAUCACAAUUAAAGGCAACACACUUGAAGCACUCCAGUUUUAUAUUUAUCAGUAAUUAAUGUCUAUGCUGUGAAACAAGGUACUGAGAUGAUGAACAGCUAAAAUAGUUGCUUACAAAAUUUUGUACUGAAUCCAUAAAAUGGACUUACAGUUAAAAUGUGUGACACUGGUGUAUUAUGGUACUGAGCAUCAAACCAACUAGGACUGGUCACUAUUCAUAAACUGAUAUUUUGGAUCAAAUACCACUAUUGAUACACUGUGACAAUAUGUUAUACUUGAUUAUUGGUACUUUUCACUAAGCUUUUAAACACACAACACAGAAAAUCAGUAGUAAUGUGAAUACGGAGCUCAAACUGGUAGUUAUAGUUCAUGUCACUCAGCUACAACAGUCAGAUGUUGUAUAAAGGAUAAGGUGAUUGCUGUAGUGUAUGAUUUCUGAUUUAGUGGAUCAUCAAAUGUUAUUUAGUACAUCACUGGACUUCAUACUUCAGACAUACUUGAUAUUGCAUCAGUAGUACAGAUUUUAAUCUGUGAAUGGACUACACUGGCCAAUAACAAACUGGUAUAUAAAUAAUUUGUUUCUCUAUAAAAACAUCUGUUUACAUUACGCUGUCGGUAACAGCUAAAACUAAUGUAAAACCAGGUUUUUGAGUCAGUUUCUUUGCGUAUGGCAGAUUAGAUGAGUAGAUCUGAGGCUGUACAGAGACGGAAAGAUUACAAAGCAAACUACCUGGUAUCAUAGUAACCAGUUAAAACUCUAGGAAUUUGUGGGAAACCACAAUUCAGAAAAUAAUAUUCUGCUUUAACCAUUUUGCCAAUGUAACCUAAUGCUAAUGAACUGUGACAACGUCCUGAUAACUGUGAUUCUACCUUUGCCCUCAAGCUCUGAUUUUACAUGUUUUGUUUCUGUACGUUAUGUUUUAAAACUUUUUUAAUAUUGUGAUUUUUGUCUUU